AUGAAGGCGCUCGCAGCGCUCGCGCUCACGGCUGUCGUGGCCGCGUGCACGUGCCUUCUCGUGCAGCAGAAACGCCAGCGAGACGUCCGGUCGUGCGGCUGCCGCGACGGCGAGUGCUGCAACUCUGUGCGUGCGUCCGAGCGGCGCUAUCAGCUGCCGCGAACGCACGUAGCGCAUUGGGAUACGCGCAAGAGCACGUGCGACGCGAGUUGGUCGGCGUUGGUACCAGCGAAAGGGACGGAAGCUGCACCCGAUUGUCGGCUUCGCACCAGCUUUGGGACUCUGAUCCUCUUGCGGCACGGCCAGAGCGUCUGGAACCGCAAACCCGACCGGCCGACGGAGCUGUGGCGCUACGCUGGAUCGAUUGACAUUCCCCUGAGUGAAGUGGGCAUGCAAGAAGCACUGGAAGCUGGAAAGCGGCUCGAGUUUGUGCCGAUUGAUGUGGUGUUUUGCUCCCAGAUGGAUCGUGCACGCACGACAAUGUCGCUCGCGUUGAGUGUGCAUUCGAGCAAGAAGACUCCUGUCGUGGAGCAUUGCUCGCCGCUGGAGAAACCGUCGUUUGAAGGCGUGAAUGACAAGAGUCCCUACGACUUUAUCAUUCCAGUGUACGUGUCGCCGGCGCUCAAUGAGAGAAAUUUUGGCGACUUGCAGGGAGUGCCAAGCACAAAGCACAUUGUCAUGUUUGAGCGCGAGCACGUGCAAAAGAUUCGGAAUGACUUUUACACGCGGUUUCCUGGAAGAAAUGGCGAAAGCUGUGAAGACAUUCACAACCGGACUAUUCCAUUCUUCAACUCGUUUAUCAUGCCGCAUCUUGCAGCGGGGCGCAAUGUGCUAGUAUCCUCGCACGGCUUUGUCAUUCGGACGCUCAUCAAGUACUUGGAUGGCAUGGACGCGAAAGAAUUCAACGAGCAGAUGACGCUGGAAAAGACAGCACCCGAUAAGUGCUUGCUGCUCGCCCCGACCGGUGUCCCGCUCAUGUACAAGUACGACAAGGGCAAAUUUGCUAAGAUCCCACAGACACGCCGUGACCGUGCAGAGAGUCUAAGCCGGAGUAUUGCGCCGUAUUAG